AUGCCUAUUAAUCGUAAUUCUUGGCAGACGUUUUUAUCACCACGCUUAGAACUGGAAACAAGCUUUAAAACAGUGCUGUGCGAUCUGUGCUCCUUCGACUGCUGCAGAUCUAGAAGAAAAAAGGUUCCCCGCGCCUUUAUUAGCACGUCAGUUGCAGUGUAUAUAUGCUCAUUACACGUCCGAAAUUCAAUAAAACCAAUAUGUGAGUCAUGCAGUGUCUGCGCAGUGUGCCGUUCUCAGGCCGUGUCGAAGCGCCGUCCGGCAGGGGCCGCUGGAUCCCUCCUCGGCCAGUGCCGCGGUGCGCGCUGCGGAACAGCCCCAGGGGCCGCGCGCACCGCCCCGCACUGUCCUCGGCGGGCGCGAGCGCCGCGGCCGGCUGGGCCGCGCAGUCCCGUCUCCCCCUCCCCGCUAAGAUGGCGGCCGGUCCGCCUCAGUCGGGUCCUGCGCGCGUGCGCCCGGCGGGGUCAGAGUUCGCGCCCGCCCACCACGCGGGACGACAUGGCGGCGCCGGGCUGGGGCCGUGCCGCCGCGCGGACGGGCGCCCGAUGGCGGCUGCUGACGGCGGCGAGGCGGUGCGGCGGUCUCCCGCCUAACGAGCCGUCGACCGCCGCGUCGCUCCGGCAGCAGCCGCGGAAGCAGCCGGGCGGCGCUGGCGGCACCGCGGCGACGGAACCCCGACAGGUUCCUUCAGAGAAAUCAGAAUCCUUUGCAGCCAUGUUGAGACGCUCACCUUUGAUUCAGAUGGGACCUGCCAAAGAUAAAAUCGCCAUUGGUCAAAUAUUCCAUGUUGUAGAAGAUGACCUUUAUAUAGAUUUUGGUGGCAAGUUUCACUGUGUCUGCAAAAGACCAGAAGUAGAUGGAAACAAGUAUCAGAAAGGAACCCGAGUGCGCCUGAGACUGCUGGAUCUUGAACUCACAUCUCGGUUCCUGGGAGCAACGACUGAUACGACUUUGUUAGAAGCUGAUGCGGUGCUGUUAGGGCUCGUGGAAAGCAAGCAAACAAAGCAAAAGGAGUAAAUUUCAUGUAAAUAAAUCUACUUUCUGCUUUAGAGCAAAUUAUACAAAUGGAAUGUUCACUCGGGAGAGAAACAAAAAGUUUCUUUCCGGUUGGUUAUGUAAAUAGUGAGAUCAAUAAAAGACAGUGAGCACAUUGUA